AUGUACGGUAUACCCAAGAUCCACAAGCCGGGGACGCCCUUGAGACCCAUCGUUUCGUGCGUGAGCUGCUUUGCCUACAACCUCUCCAAGCAUCUAGCCGGGAUCCUGUCACCGCUGACCGGCAACACACCGAACACCGUGCCCAACUCCACAGCCUUCGCAGAGUUCCUCCGCGGGCAGCACAUCGACAGCCACGAGGCGUUGAUCUCUUUCGACGUCAAGUGGUUGUUUACCAACGUCCCCAUUGGCGACGCUUGCUGUGUGGCCCUUCGUCGCCUGGAGGAAGACCCUGAGUUGCCUGACCGGCCAUCGCUCUCCCCCACCAAGAUCGUCUCCCUACUAAAGGUUGUCCUGCGCUCCACGUAUUUCCUGUAUGGUGGAGUGUACUACGAGCAGACAGACGGAACAUCCAUGGGUAGUCCGGUGUCAGCGGUUAUUGCCAAUCUCUACAUGGAAGCGUCCGAGGAGGAAGCCCUGCAGAGUUGCCCACCCGACUGCCGUCCUACCGUGUGGAAGCGGUACGUUGAUGACACUUUCGUCAUUGCACCACGGGAUAUAGCCAGCCAUCUGCUCAACCACCUGAACAGCCUUAAGCCCAGCAUUCGGUUCACCAUCGAGAACGAGCAGGACAGCAGCAUCGCAUUCCUGGACACCAUGGUCCACAGGGAACCUGACGGCAGCCUGACUGGCACCGUGUACCGCAAGCCCACUCACACCGACCAGUAUCUGGCUUUUGACUCACCCCGCCCAGAGUCCGUCAAGAGGGGUGUGGCCAAUUGCCUCCACGACCGCGCCUUACGCCUAGUCUCCAGACCACGCUGCACAGCCGCCGAGAGACACCGAGUCACCGCUGCCCUCAUGGCGAACGGGUAUCCAUCAUCCUUCAUCCGGCAGUCAUCAAGAUCCAAGACCAGCACCGAAGCGGAGCGACCGGAGUACAAGGCCUUCACGGUUCUUCCCUUCAUGGACGGUAUCUCCGGACGGCUGAAGAGGAUCCUGGAGGACCAAGGUGUCUGCACCGUGUUCCGAUCGUCUACCACCUUGAGGAGCCAACUCGUACGGCUUAAGGAUCCUAUCCCACCCCGAAGACGCGGAGUAGUCUACAGGAUACCGUGCGGUGACUGCGACAAGGUUUACGUCGGCAAAACUGGCAGACCCGUUGACGAGAGAAUCAAGGAGCACCAGUGCGACGUGAGACUCUCCCGUGUGGAUUCGUCAGCAGUAGCCGUGCAGUGUGUGGACCAGGACCAGCAUUGGUACACCAGACGCAUCAAGGAGGCCAUCCACAUCUGCCUCAACCGACACAGCAUCAACAGGGAAGCGGCAUCGACAUCCCCGGGUUCUGGCUCCCCACCAUCCGUCAACACAUUCACUGCAGCACCGGGGCACAACGGAGCCACACCGAGGACACGUCCCUUCACGCCCAUGGAGUGGAGCGUGCGACGACCGCUGAGGUCACCCGUACGAGGUCCGCAGUAUACGGCGGGGGGCACUCGGAGGACGCGGUCCAGCGGUAUAUAG